AAGCAAACUAGCCUCGCAGCAACUGCCGGCUUGCUCAGAUCAAUGCUUUUGCAGAUAUGAGUGGCUCCAUUGUGUCAGCACAGACCUUGUAUCCCCCACAAAGUAUAUUUUCAGAGGUGCAAGCAAUUCACGAUACAGGAGUGUAUUAUGGAGGAGCUGAUGACCAAAGCGAGUUCAGAGGAACUCUAAACGAGGAGGAACCUAUCAGUUUAGCAUCUCUCCUUGAACUGCCAUCAGAAGGGUUGAUGAAAAUAAAUGAUGCUAAUCUGUUAGAAACCGUUUGCCCCCCUCCUAUUGGAGCUGAGGAAGUCCAUCACACCUACUACUCUUCUCCAUCUCACCACUCCUCUGCUACAUCUUCUCCACAUGCUUCUUCAGUUCAUGGUGACAUUGGAGAAGCUUAUGCAAGUGGAGGCAGCUUGUCUUCCUUGGUGCAGAUAGUAAAACUCGCUCAAGACAUGGGAGCUUCACAACCAGUAACAUCACCAAUCCCUGGCGGAGGAGCAUUUCAUUAUGAACACACAAACAAGUCAGCUCAGAAAAAUAAGGGAUCUACAACAGGAGGAGCUCCAUCACGUCGUCGUUCCAAAGAAGGCAAAAAAUUUCACGAAUGUCCACAUGAAGGAUGUGACAAGUUGUAUAGCAAGACCUCUCAUCUCAAGGCUCAUCUAAGAUCUCACACAGGAGAGAAGCCUUACAAAUGUGACUGGGAAGGAUGCAGCUGGAGGUUUGCUCGUUCUGAUGAGCUGACUCGUCAUUAUCGCAAGCAUACAGGCAUUAAACCGUUCUCAUGUAAGGUGUGCGAUCGUACAUUUGCCAGGUCUGACCACCUUACUCUUCACAUGCGAAGACACAGCUCUUCUGACAAAGCAUAACAAUUAUUAUUCAUUCGGCUGAUUACAUGAUGUACAUGUACACACACACUAAUUAAUAAGUUAGAUAAUUAUGAUUGAUAACAUCUCAAUUACAAUUAUUAUUAUUAUUGUACCAUAAUGCAUUUUACACUUUUGUACAUUUAUUUUCAAAAUAAUAGUUAAAAUCAA